AUGGUGACAGAGAUGUUUCUUUUGGGGUUCGGGCAUCUCCAACAUAUAAAUAAUUGUAUUUUUGUUUUGUUCCUCAUCGCUUAUCUGGCCACAGUAACAGGGAACAUGUUAAUCAUAACCUUAAUAUCUACCAGUGCAAGUCUUCAGUCUCCCAUGUACUUUUUUCUGAGCAAUCUAUCUGCCUGUGAAGUAAUUUUGACCACCACAAUCACACCUAACAUGCUGUACAUUUUAUGGUCAAAUGGAGGUUUCAUAUCAUUCUUUGGGUGUAUUAUCCAACAUUACCUGGCAUCUUCAACCGGUAGUGCAGAAUGUCUUCUGUUAACUCUUAUGGCUUAUGACAGACAUUUGGCCAUUUGCAACCCUCUGAGAUACUCUUCCAUUAUGAACAUUAACACUCGUAACCAUCUGGUUUCUUGGACAUGGAUGGUUCCAUUUACAGUCAUGGCCAUGUUGAUAAUUACGAUCUGCCACCUACAGUUUUGUGGUUCAAAUACUAUUGACCAUUUCUAUUGUGAUCUAGCUCCACUUCUACAGCUUUCUUCUUCAGACACAUAUCUGGUGGAUAUGGAAAUUAUCUUCAUAGUCCUUUUUCUAGGCGUCAUCACUUUUGUCUUGAUCAUAGUCAGUUAUAUCUCCAUAUUUUCCACCAUCUUGAAAAUUUCCUCAAGGUCUGGAAGACAAAAAACCUUCUCCACAUGCAGUUCACAUCUAGCUUCUGUUUGCUUGUACUUUGGAUCAAUAUGUAUUACUUAUAUGGUUCCAUCUCAGCAAAAUGUGGUUCCUUCUCAGCCAAAGAAGAAGAUGAACAAGUUUACCUCGCUGUUCUACACUGUUGCAAUUCCUCUUUUAAAUCCAAUUAUUUAUAGUUUAAGGAAUCGGGAAAUGAUAGAUUGUUUUAAUCAUUAUUUUAAACUCAUUAAUAAAAGUAAUAAUCGGUGUGUACUUUUUUAA